AUGAGGAGAUUUCUGAAAGAUGACAUGAACUUGGAUAGAGAAUCGGCUGACUCUUUUCCGAUCGUCAACGUUCAUCGACUUCCCACACCACACCAUAUUACCAGAACGCGAGACAACAAUCCCCCAGCCAUCAUUAGGAAAUUAGAGCAUGCAAAGGACAAAGAUCGCAACCUGAAAUCUACUGCCACCCUUAUGGGACAGUGUCCGGAAGGUAAAUACGGAGACAGAUGUCAGAACACCUGUAACUGUCCCAACAGACAGUCAACCAUCUGUGAGAAGACGACUGGGGCGUGUACAGGACCGUGUAACCCCGGCUAUACUGGACAGGACUGUCAACGUGAUACAGUCACGUGUCCAAUUGGUAGAUACGGACAAACGUGUCAGAACACCUGUAACUGUCCGAACAGACAAUCAACCAUCUGUGAGAAGACGACUGGGGCGUGUACAGGACCGUGUAACCCCGGCUAUACUGGACCAGACUGUCAACCUGAUACAGUCACGUGUCCAGUUGGCAGAUACGGACAAACAUGUCAGAACACCUGUAACUGUCCGAACAGACAGUCAAGCGCCUGUGACAAGACGACUGGGGCGUGUACAGGACAGUGUAACCCCGGCUAUACUGGACCAGACUGUCAACGUGAUACAGUCACGUGUCCAAUUGGUAGAUACGGACAAACGUGUCAGAACACCUGUAACUGUCCGAACAGACAGUCAACCGCCUGUGACAAGACGACUGGGGCAUGUACAGGACAGUGUAACCCCGGCUAUACUGGACCAGACUGUCAACCUGAUACAGUCACGUGUCCAGUUGGUAGAUACGGACAAACGUGUCAGAACACCUGUAACUGUCCGAACAGACAGUCAACCGCCUGUGAGAAGAUGACUGGGGCGUGUACGCGACAGUGUAACCCCGGCUAUACUGGACCAGACUGUCAACCUGAUACAGUCACGUGUCCAGUUGGUAGAUACGGACAAAUGUGUCAGAUCACCUGUAACUGUCCGAACAGACAGUCAACCGCCUGUGAGAAGACGACUGGGGCAUGUACAGGACAGUGUAACCCUGGCUAUACUGGACCAGGCUGUCAACCUGAUACAACCACGUGUCCAGUUGGUAGAUACGGACAGACGUGUCAGAACAUCUGUAACUGUCCGAACAGACAGUCAACCGCCUGUGAGAAGAUGACUGGGGCGUGUACAGGACCGUGUAACCCCGGCUAUACUGGACCAGACUGUCAACCUGAUACAACCACGUGUCCAGUUGGUAGAUACGGACAAACGUGUCAGAACAUCUGUAACUGUCCGAACAGACCAUCAACCGCCUGUGACAAGACGACUGGGGCAUGUACAGGACAGUGUAACCCCGGCUAUACUGGACCAGACUGUCAACCUGAUACAACCACGUGUCCAGUUGGUAGAUACGGACAAACGUGUCAGAACACCUGUAAUUGUCCGAACAGACAGUCAACCGCCUGUGAGAAGACGACUGGAGCGUGUACAGGACCGUGUAACCCCGGCUAUACUGGACCAGACUGUCAACCUGAUACAGUCACGUGUCCAGUUGGUAGUUACGGACAAACGUGUCAGAACACCUGUAACUGUCCGAACAGACAAUCAGUCAUCUGUGACAAGAUGACCGGGGCAUGUACAGGACAGUGUAACCCCGGCUAUACUGGACCAGACUGUCAACCUGAUACAGUCACGUGUCCAGUUGGUAGAUACGGAAAAACGUGUCGGAACACCUGUAACUGUCCAAACAGACCAUCAUACGCCUGUGACAAGACGUCUGGGACAUGUACAGGACUCUGUAAUCCUGGCUUUACAGGACCAGACUGUCAGCCAACAACAGUCUGUAACUCAACAUCAAGGACUAAAUGUGGAGGGGAAUGUCACUGUGUGGACAGGAUGAGAUGUGGAGGAGGGUUUUGUGAGGGAGGCUGUCAGGACGGAUGGACAAGCACUGACUGUCAGAUAGCCCCACAAAGGAUACAAGUCCGCAUCCGGAUCAUUACCCCUCAUGCGUGA